GUCCCCAGAGGAAGCUGGAACGGAUGAGCAAGCUCAUUUCCCCCGAGACGGCUGGGAGAGCAGCCUCAAGGUUACCCUGCGGUUUCGUUCACAGAAGUGGAAGCGUGCACCAGCUCAGUACAGAGCAGGAGAACCGGGGCACCGGGCCUGCAGAUUGCUUGGCAUGUCUGACAGACUGCCAAGAGUGAGAGUGUUUUUCGGGUGGGUUCUUCAGUUUGGAGGUCGGCCAUCCACUGACCUUGUGUCCAAGCCAUAGCCCGCAGAGGCAGGGUCCUUUCCUGAGGAGGAGGAUGCUGGCUAAAGCGGAACCCUUUGCUCUCCUGACUUCAAGGAUCAUGCGUCCUGAUGACGCCAACGUGGCUGGCAAUGUUCACGGAGGGACCAUUCUGAAGAUGAUUGAGGAGGCGGGAGUCAUCAUCAGCACCCGGCACUGCAACAGCCAGAAUGGGGAGCGCUGUGUGGCUGCUCUGGCCCGGGUGGAACGCACUGACUUCUUGUCGCCCAUGUGCAUUGGCGAGGUGGCUCAUGUCAGUGCAGAGAUCACCUACACGUCCAAGCAUUCUGUGGAAGUCCAGGUGCACGUGAUGUCGGAGAACAUCCUCACAGGUACCAAAAAGAUGACCAAUAAGGCCACCUUGUGGUAUGUGCCCCUGUCACUGAGGAAUGUGGACAAGGUCCUGGAAGUGCCUCCUAUUGUGUAUUUGCGGCAGGAGCAGGAGGAGGAGGGCCGGAAACGCUAUGAAGCCCAGAAACUGGAACGCAUGGAAACCAAGUGGAGGAACGGGGACAUCGUCCAGCCUGUGCUGAACCCAGAGCCGAACACAGUGAGCUACAGCCAGUCCAGCCUGAUCCACCUGGUGGGGCCCUCAGACUGCACCCUUCAUGGCUUCGUGCACGGAGGUGUCACCAUGAAGCUCAUGGACGAGGUGGCCGGAAUUGUGGCCGCACGCCACUGCAAGACCAACAUAGUCACAGCUUCUGUGGAUGCCAUCAAUUUUCACGACAAAAUCCGGAAAGGCUGUGUCAUCACCAUCUCUGGACGCAUGACCUUCACGAGCAAUAAGUCCAUGGAGAUUGAGGUCCUGGUGGAUGCCGACCCUGUGGUGGACAACUCACAAAAGCGCUACCGGGCCGCCAGUGCCUUCUUCACCUAUGUGUCCCUGAACCAGGAGGGCAAGCCGCUGCCUGUGCCUCAGCUUGUGCCCGAGACGGAGGAUGAGAAGAAGCGCUUCGAAGAAGGCAAAGGCCGUUACCUGCAGAUGAAGGCGAAGCGACAGGGCCUCACAGAGCCUCAGCCCUAGGCGCCGCUCUGUCCUG